AACUUGUCUAAAGAUAGGAAGCGUGAUGAAGUGGAUUAUGAACACAAUGGCGGUAGAAUCAAGGAGAAUUGGAGUAUUGUCCAAAAUAAUCGAAAAUGGAGUAAAGUAGUGUACAGUGAUGAGAGGACCCAUCAUAUCUAGUAGGAGUACAGUUUGUUAAUGAAUGAGCAACUGAGCAGAGUACCAAUCUUGAAGAAACCAUUUGUUAUCCAAACUGGCGGAGAGAGUGCUGGGUAAAGUGAAGGCUGUGAGGAUCACGAGAGGUGACCCUGUUUAUAUUUUUUUGUGCUUCCGCGGAUCAGAAGGAACGUGCGUUGUGUCUGAACCGAUUUGAUCUGUUUAAAGUGUCGUGUGUCUCUUUGGAACAGGGCACCCCUCAAGGGGGUUAUAUUUGGCGUCUUGUGGUCGAUUUUGAAGAGAUGAAAAAUAUUCCUGGGGUGAUUUGAAGCACGUCGGAUGAAUCGUGUGGUGAUUGGUGAAAAAGUGAGGAGUCUAUGUUUGUUUUAAAAAUGGAGUCUCUCCCUACUCAAGUGCAGUUAGGGUAUAACUACAGAGUCGGAGCAUUUAUCCCAAGACCAAUGCAGUUUGAUCACUGUGAAGCUUUUGGUCAUGUAUCAAGUGUUUGCAGAUGAGAGAAGCCGAGAUGUCCAAGUUGUGGAAAAAACCAUAAGUGUUAUAAAAGUAAUGAAUAUGGGACAUGUUGCAAUUGUGGUGGGAACCAUGAAGCCACGUCUUUUGAAUGCUCCACAAUUGUGAACGAGAAUGAGGUGGCCAAUGUCAGGGCUGUGUAGAGCAUUUCAUAUGCAGCAGCUGUGAAAAGGGUUGAGGGUUUGAAUGGUGCACCAGAAGAGUCCGUGGUGGUGGAUAGGCCUGCACUGCAGGCUGCAGGGGUUGCCUUUCACCAGCAGGAUCCUGACAUUUUAAAGGUUAAGAAGGUGGACUUUUUGGCCUUUAUUGCUAUGGUAAUUAAUGGCACUGCCAAGGUGGAGAGAAGGUCCAGGAAGAUCAAAUUCAUUGUGGAUGCACCUCAGAGCGGUUCCUGGGGCUGAAAGACUUCUCUGCAAAUAUUUACAUGGAAUAUUGGCGCAAGCCGUACCACCUUCUCAGGUCUUAGAGCCUGAGAAGGGACACAUGUUGAAUUGAAAGAAGGAAAAAGUGGAAGUUUUGUUUGUUUUGGCAAUGUACAAUUAUAUUAGGGUGGAUUAAAUUUCACUAUUACUUAUGGAUUUAUUAUUUAAUUGUAUUUUUUUGGGGGGUUCAAACCGUCCAGUUGGUGGCGGCAAUACACCUUUUUGGGUGUAGUCUGCCAUAAAACCCACAAGAAGAAGAAGAACUUCUCAAACCGGAGAUAGAGAAGAAAGACUGAUCGCUUCUCCGCAGUAAGGCCGGCAGGAUGGCCCUGUCAGACAACAAGGCUCUGGUCCUGGGUGUGUUGGCUGGAGGGGCUGGCCUCAGCCUGGGCACUGUGGUGUUGUACAACAGUAGGAGGGCCGUGCCAACGAGUGGACAUGGUGUGCACAGUAAGCUGUACCUCCGCAGUAAUGACCAGCGGGUGACUGGAGCCAGUAUGGUGGUCAGGGAAAUGCCGGGUCAGGCUGAGGUUCUAGAUCGUCUCGCAGCGCUGAUCCAGUGUGUGUCAGAGCUGAAGGAUGAGGUGCGGGCCCUAAAGAGUGCCAUCCCAAAGCUGCUGGAUCACGUCAGGGAUGAGCUGAGAGGACGCAGCGGCCGGGCUGAGGGGACUGUGGCUCGCGUAAGGGCAGGCCCUCCAAACCGAACUACACCCACACGUAGGAGGAAAGUUGCAGGGGGAGUGGCCAGAGCUGGAGGCCAAAGCUCUGAGGAGGAGGCUGAGAGUGAAGGAGGGUACAUAACAGCUUUAACUGACUCUGAGGAAGAAGAGCAGAUUGAGGCUGAGGGUCAGAGUCUGUAUGAAGUGACUGUGAUCGAGCCUCUGAAUGAGUUCUCAGCCCUUCUGGAGAGGGUGGACGCUCUACACGAAGGCAGCGACGGAGACAAGAGGGAGUGCCUCCGCACCAUGCUGGAUAAGCGGGAGCAGUUUGGACAGAACAAUACGUUCUUAUGGCGACUAGUUCGGGCCUACGUGGAUGUUCAUGACAUCACUACCAACCUAGAGCAAAAGAAGACCCAAGCAGAAACUGGGAAGAAAGUUGGAGAGGAAGCCGUAAAACUGAACCCUAUGUGUGCCGAAAGUCAUCAGUGGUACGCCAUAAUGUGUGGCAUCAUGACAGAGUAUGAGACUGUGCAGAACAGGAUAAAGAAUGGCUACAUCUUCAAAGAUCAUUUGGAUAAGGCCAUUGAGCUGAAACCACAAGAUCCUAUGUCUUACUACCUGCUCGGCCGCUGGUGCUAUGCUGUGGCUCAGCUGUCGUGGAUUGAAAGGAAAGUUGCUGCUACAUUGUUUGGAGAGCCUCCGAAUGCCACGGUCCAAGAUGGUCUGAAGAACUUCCUCAAGGUAUUGUUAUUCUCCACGCUACCAUGGAGUGCAGUGUCGAGCACAAGCGUUUGACACAGUAUGCAUUGAUUGCUCUUCCCUAAACCAUUAUCAAAAAUCAGUCCGUAGAUCAGUAUGCUUCUCCGCGAUUCCUACUAAUGUCUGGAUCAGCUGAGCGCAGCAACAGCUGACUGGAGGUUUACUGCACUGACUCGCAGCAGCUAGCUGCUUCUUCAAAACUCGUCCAGAAUAUCUUGUAUUUGGUACAAGUCAUUCCCUAAGUUCUAGACCUCAGCUGAAUCUGUUAAUGAAUGGUGUUGCUGUUGAACAAGUUGAGGCGACUAAAUCACUUGGCGUUACCUUAGAUUGUAAACUGUCACGGUCCAAACAUAUUGAUUCAGUGGUUGUAAAGACGGGGAGAGGUAUGUCCGUAAUAAAGGGAUGCUCUGCUUUUUUGAUACCACACUCCACAAUGCAAGUCCUGCAGGCUCUAGUUUGAGCUUAUCCUGAUUAUUGUCCAGCCAUAGGGUCAAGAGCUGCAAAGAAAGACCAAGUUAAGCUGCAAGCUGGCCCAAAAACAGAGUGGCACGUCUUGCUUUUCAUUCUAAUAUUAAUACGAUGCAUGCCAGUCUCUCUUGAGCAAGAGUUGAGUAAACACUUCUUCUUCUUCUUCAACUUGUUUGCAUAGUCAACUUACACACAGCACUGACACACACACUUACCCCACCAGACAUGACACCGGGAGUCUUUUCAUAGUCCCCAGGUCCAGAACAAAUUCAAGGAAACAAACAGUAUUAUACAGAGCCAUGAGUGCAUGGAACUCCCUUCCAUCUUAUGUAGCGCAACUGAACAGCAAACCUGGUUUCAAAAAACAAAUAAAGAAACACCUCACGGCACAACGCCUCUCCCCUAUGUGACCUACUUCUUGUGUGUAUGUACUGACACAUGCGUAACUGACAGAUAAACACACACACUACGUGUUAAUGUUUUUAAAUGUAUGUAAAUUGUACAAUCUUUUGUCUGCAAUGUCUUUUUCAUUAUGUGUCGGACCCCAGUAAGAUGUCGCCGUUAGUAUCGGCUUAUGGGGAUCCUAAUAAAUCAAACCACUCAUUGUGAUGAAAUAAUAUUGCUAGAGUAGCUUGCUAGGUAGCUAUCUUAUGGAGGAAGCAUUUGGUGUUCAGCAUUGAGUGUGUGCACUAGAUUAAGUUAGUUGUCGUGCACAUUGUCAAAUUCUGGAAUUACUGCUCCUUCAAGCACCAAACUUCUUAGCUAGAUGUAAAAUUGAGCAAGUAAGAAAAAAAGUCAAUUUCCUGAUUUAUCGUUUUAGCUUAACAACUCAGCAAAAAAAGAAACGUCCCUUUUUUAGGACCCUGUCUUUCAAAGAUAAUUAGUAAAAAUCCAAAUAACUUCACAGAUCUUCAUUGUAUCCGCAAGGGUUUAAACACUGUUUCCCAUGCUCGUUCAAUGAACCAUAAACAAUUAAUGAACAUGCACCUGUGGAACAAUCAUUAAGACACUAACAGCUUUACAGACGAUAGGCAUUUAAGGUCACAGUUAUGAAAACUUAUUACACUAAAGAGGCCUUUCUACUGACUCUGAAAAACACCAAAAGAAAGAUGCACAGGGUCCCUGCUCAUCUGCGUGAACGUGCCUUAGGCAUGCUGCAAGGAGGCAUGAGGACUGCAGAUGUGGCCAGUGCAAUACAUUUCAUUGUCCGUACUGUGAGACGCCUAAGACAGCGCUACAGGGAGACAGGACGGACAGCUGAUCGUCCUUGCAGUGGCAGAACACGUGUAACAACACCUGCACAGGAUCGGUACAUCUGAACAUCACACCUGCGGGACAGGUACAGGAUGGCAACAACAACUGCCCGAGUUAACCCAGGAACGCACAAUCCCUCCAUCGGUGCUCAGACUGUCCACAAUAGGCUGAGAGAGGCUGGACUGAGGACUUGUAAGGCCUGUUGUAAGGCAGGUCCUCACCAGACAUCACCGGCAACAACGUCGUCUAUGGGCACAAACUCACUGUCGCUGGACCAGACAGGACUGACAAAAAGUGCUCUUCACUGACAGGUCGCGGUUGUGUCUCACCAUUGGUGAUGGUCAGAUUCACGUUUAUCGUCGAAGGAAUGGGCUUUACACCGAGGCCUGUACCCUGGAGCGGGAUCGAUUUGGAGGUAGAGGGUCCGUCCUGGCCUGAGGCAGUGUGUCACAGCAUCAUCAGAUUGUGCUUGUUGUCAUUGCAGGCAAUCUAAACGCUGUGCGUUACAGGGAAGACAUCCUCCUCCCUCAUGUGGUACCCUUCCUGCGGGCUCAUCCUGACAUGACCCUCCAGCAUGACAAUGCCACCAGCCAUACUGCUCGAUCUGUGCGUGAUUUCCUGCAAGGCAGGAAUAUCAGUGUUCUGCCAUGGCCAGAGAAGAGCCCGGAUCUCAAUCCUAUUGAGCACGUCUGGGACCUGUUAGAUCGGAGGGUGAGGGCUAGUGCCUUGGUGGAAGAGUGGGGUAACAUCUCACAGCAAGAACUGGCAAAUCUGGUGCAGUCCAUGAGGAGGAGAUGCACUGCAGUACUUAAUGCAGCUGGUGGCCAGACCAGAUACUGACUGUUACUUAUUUUGACCCACCCUUUGUUCAGGGACACAUUAUUCCAGUUCUGUUAGUCACAUGUCUGUGGAACUUGCUCAGUUUAUGUCUCAGUUGUUGAAUCUUGUUGUGUUCAUACAAAUAUUUACACAUUUACAUUUAAGUCAUUUAGCAGACGCUCUUAUCCAGAGCGACUUACAAAUUGGUGCAUUCACCUUAUGACAUCCAGUGGAACAGUAGUGCAUCUAAAUCUU